GCCGAGCCGAGAGCCGAGCGGAGAGGAGACGGACCGGUGUUCGUUUCUUAGUUUGUUGCUGCAAACAAUUUUCGUCAUUUCAAUCAAGUUGAUUUAUUGAUUCCAAGUGAGGCUGGACGAGGCCAUCUUCAAGCAGCCGACAUACGCCUCUAUCAGUAGACAGAGAGCGUUUGGUUAUCCAUCUGCGAUCGAACAGAUCUUUGUCCAAAACUAACUUAUUUGAGACGUAAACGUCAUCUACCCAGGCAGAAUGAUGAUCAGAACUCUUCUGCUACUCGCCCUACUCGUGGCUUAUGGAGAUGCCCUCAACAAGUACUCUGCCAAAGCCAACAAUGAGUUCAAGGAAUCGAAGCCUGUCAAGGAGCACAAGCCAUCAAAAGAUGUCCAGGGUUCAAUGUUUGAACAGAAAUCUGAUUUCAGAAAACUUGAGAAACCGUUUAGGAUGGCGAAGCUGAACAUGCUCUGGAGUAAAGCUCAAGUGAGACUGACUGAACCAAAAUUGAAGUCGCUGUUUAGUGAACUAAAAAUUCAUGACAAGGAGGAGUUAACAUUCAAAAAACUCAAAUCAGACGGGAAAGACAAAGACGGUAUGAUGGAAGCAACUAUGCGUAAGAAAUUGAUUGGUAUCAUGAGUUCAUAUGACCUGCUCGAACAUUUUGAUGAAAUCAGUGACCCCGCCAAGCAUCGACUCCAUAAACCAUUCGACCAGGCUACAGCUGACCAUUCCAACAAAAGCCUAUUCAAAGACAAAAAGUUAAACAAGCUUUGGGAAAAAGCAGAACAUGCUGGUUUUACUGCCGAGGAGCUUCAGGCUUUGAGGGAAGAGUUUCAACACCAUCAAGAAAAGUUAGAUCAAUUUUAUUCUUUACUGGAGGAUGUAGAAAAGCGUCAGCCUGAGGAUGAUGCAGAAAACUCAGUUGAUGAAACACACGACAAAUUUAAUACAAUUGCCUCUGAAGAAGAAAACGGACCAUCACAGGGGUAUUAAGGACAGCUAUGAUAGGCUCAAUAGGAUUGCUGCCAAAGGACCAAAAAGUCAAGACUUUGUAGAGCCCAAAGUACAAGGCCUUUGGCGAAUGGCAGUAGAAUCAAACUUUUCUGCAGAUGAAUUAGCAUCUUUGAAGACUGAGCUACUGCAUUAUGAAAACCGUCUACUUAAAUUGCGUCAUCUUCAAGCUGAGGCAGUUUUGGGGCAGGAGCGAUAUGGUGAUAAGAAGCUUACUGGGCAUAAAACUGAUGGUGCUGAGUUGAUGGAGGAGACAAUUAAGAAGCAUGCCAGGAAGGUGGAAAAACUGCAUGACUACCUGGAAAAACGAAUCUCUGCCAAACAUUCUGAACUGUAGUAGAAUUUCCGUUUGGUGUGUAAAGCACUGUUUAAAAAUAAGCCUACAGCUCUCUGUGUCUCUGUGACCUACUUUUCAAGUAUUAUUUUUUUAUAAAAGAAUUUCAAAUUGUAAAAUUGGUGAAAUCAAGCUUAUGUUUGUAGAGUUUUCUCAUAAAUAGAAUGUAUCUGAUGUUGCCAAAACUAGGUUCUUAAAAAUGUUAAGCUGUUAUUUUGGCAUAUUUCUUUAACUUAAGCACCAAAAAUACAUCUUUAGAUUGCAAUAGUUGCUUUUUGUUCUGUUUUGAAUAGUAAUAAGCCAGAACUUAUUUUUAUGCAUGUAUAUUAUAUGUGUUCUAUUGUUCUUUUAAGAUUGUCCUUUUAAGGUCUCUGUGAUGUCUUCUUAUUCUUAAUAAUGUAUCACUUUCACAUUCUUCUUGGUCUUUAAUAAGAAACUGUUGUUAGGUUUAUAUAGUUGUACUAUGUUACAUAUGUUGUAAUAUUAAUUGUUGUCUUAGACCGGUUCUGUGUCUGUGUUGUCCUGCAGUAUUAAUGUACUUGCGAACUAUCUAAAGAUAUUGUUUUGUGAGGAAUUAAUGAUGUGCAAUCCUAUGCCAUAUUGUCGUAAAUAUAUCCAUGUGUUUUCAAGAAAUUCAAAA